AUUCUAUGGUGACUUAUGGAUGUUCACCUGCAGACUGAGAAAAAUGUUUUUGUGAUCUUCUAUGCUGGAGAAAAAGCAAAAGCCAAGAUUCUCAAAAUAUGUGAAGCCUUUGGUGCUAAUCGUUACCCUUUUGCUGAGGAACUUGGAAAACAAGCACAAAUGAUCACAGAGGUUUCUGGAAGACUUUUGGAAUUGAAGACCACUAUAGAUGCUGGACUACAUCACCGGGAUCACUUGCUAAAUACUAUUGGGGUUCAAUUUGAGCAAUGGGAUGUUCUGGUGAGGAAGGAGAAAUCUAUUCAUCAUACCCUGAACAUGCUGAGCCUUGAUGUGACGAAAAAAUGUCUUGUGGCUGAGGGGUGGAGUCCCAUCUUUGCAAAUAAGCAGAUCCAGGAUGCAUUACAGCGGGCAGCAUUGGACUCUAAUUCUCAAGUCAAUGCCAUUUUUCAAGUUCUGCAUACCAGGGAGUUGCCGCCUACCUUUUUCCGCACAAAUAAAUUUACUUCUUCUUUUCAAGGAAUCAUUGAUUCAUAUGGGGUUGCUAAGUAUCAGGAGGCAAAUCCGACCGUGUAUACUGUAGUUACCUUUCCGUUUCUUUUUGCUGUUAUGUUUGGCGAUUGGGGACAUGGAAUAUGUUUACUACUUGCAGCUCUAUAUUUCAUAAUCAGGGAGAAGAAACUAUCUAGUCAGAAGCUUGAUGACAUCACGGAGAUGACUUUUGGAGGUCGUUAUGUUAUUUUGCUGAUGGCGCUGUUCUCAAUCUACACUGGCUUUAUCUAUAACGAGUUCUUUUCUGUUCCAUUUGCACUCUUUGCCCCCUCUGCUUAUGAUUGUCGUGACCUCUCUUGCAGGGAUGCUACAACAGUGGGCUUGAUAAAAGUGCGGGACUCUUAUCCUUUCGGAGUUGAUCCUGUAUGGCAUGGAACACGAAGUGAACUACCAUUUCUGAACUCAUUGAAAAUGAAAAUGUCAAUUCUUCUUGGAGUUGCUCAAAUGAACCUUGGAAUUGUGAUGAGCUAUUGCAAUGCCAUAUUCUUUAGAAACAGGGUGAAUGUGUGGUUCCAGUUCAUUCCCCAGAUGAUAUUUCUCAACAGUCUAUUUGGCUAUCUAGCCCUUCUUAUUAUUGUGAAGUGGUGUACUGGUUCUCAAGCUGAUUUGUACCAUAUUUUGAUCUACAUGUUCCUUAGCCCGACUGAUGAUUUGGGUGAGAACCAACUCUUUGUUGGUCAGAAGAAUUUGCAGCUUGUGCUUUUGCUUCUGGCAUUUAUCUCUGUCCCCUGGAUGCUGUUGCCAAAACCUUUUAUCUUAAAGAAGCAACAUGAAGCUAGGCACGGGGCUGAAUCCUAUACACCACUUGAAAGCACAGACGAGAGCUUGCAACCGGAGUCAAACCACGAAUCCCAUGGUCAUGAGGAAUUUGAGUUCAGUGAAGUCUUUGUACAUCAACUUAUACAUACCAUUGAAUUUGUGCUUGGAGCAGUGUCUAAUACGGCUUCUUACCUCCGUCUAUGGGCCCUUAGUCUUGCUCAUUCAGAAUUAUCAAGUGUAUUCUACGAGAAGGUUCUGCUGAUGGCAUGGGGGUACAAUAAUGUGAUAAUCUUGAUAGUGGGUCUCAUUGUUUUCAUCUUCGCUACAGUCGGAGUGUUACUUGUCAUGGAAACACUUAGUGCCUUCUUGCAUGCGUUACGACUUCACUGGGUGGAGUUUCAAAACAAGUUUUACGAGGGCGAUGGUUACAAGUUCCACCCUUUCUCGUUCUCCUUACUGGAUGAUGAGGAAUGAUAUGCUCUAAAAUCGCAUUAAUAAGGAGUAGUUAUGUAGCUUUGGACCUGUAUUGAUUCUUUUAUUUGAUGUAAGUAGUCAGUGAUUACUAUCUGCAGCAUUGUAUGCGGUGGAAUCCUUUAAGGUUUUCAUCAAACGUCCUCUUUUGUUUAUUUAUCCAUUGAGGGAAUAAAUAUUCCCAAUUAGGGGAGUAACUUCGCUUGAGCUAGGCAGGGUGGCCAUGUGUAAUAAUAAUUAUACUUGCGACAUACACUUAAUAUUCAUGUAUUUAUUAUGUGUUUUAAUUUUAAAAUGUCUUAUACGA